AUGGACCUUUUAUACCUUAAUCUCCACUGCCAGAUUCCAGCAGAAUUCUUAACAUCACUAGACUUGCCCUUAGUCUUUUUAUCAUCACUCAUUUUGUCUCCUUUCAGAGUCAUCGGCUUAAACUACCAAUUAUCCUCAAGCACAUCUCAGUCAUCUCUAAGUGAAAGCCUCAAAAAUCUGAAAGCAUGGAACACCAAAAGCUAUAAAUUCAAAACAAAAGAACAAAUUCCUCGUCAAAAAUUCUUGAAAAUUCCAGUCUUUAAAAGUUAUAGAGAAUUGCUAUUUUGUAUCUCAAGCAAAAAAUUAUCAACUUUAUAUGCAGGGAAUUUUUGAGAAAACAACUUUUUUUGAGCUUCUUUUAAAGUAAAAUGCGCUCUUAUAGCUCUUAUUGGAGGGAAAUUUAUUAAAGAUCCUUAUGCUAACACAUUUUUAUUUGCUUCAAUUUUUACAGCUUAUGACUUGUUCAACUACCGAUUUGAGUUAAUUACUACAAAAAUGACAUAUGAGCAUUUCCAUUAUGGACAAAAUAAGCUAAAAUAUGCAAAUUCUAAGUACUUAGGCUGGUUAAGCACCCUCCAUCCCCAUACUCCUUUCCCCCUCAAUACCAAAUUACUUAUUCUUGAUAAUAAGAAAUAUAAGAAAUAUUACACUUUUUCGCACAGCAACACUAUUAUAAUACGACUUAUAGCCUGUUUACAAAAUAUAGGCAUAUCCAUAAGAUAGCCCGAUAUGGGCUAGGGAUAUGGCUAUAUUAAAUACUUGAUUUCAUAUCUCUUAUUAUACAAAAUUUCUUAAAUGGCUAUCAAAUUUAGCUUAUAUUUUUGUAUUAGAUAUAUCAUAUAUCUAAAAUAACUCUAUAAAUUGAUUAAAUAUGAUAAAACGCAUUCUUUUAGCUCGAUCGAUGCUAGAUUAUGUGUAUGUAUAUGAUAGAUAAUUAUAGUUUAUAUUAGUGCCUAUCAAUUUAAAAACCAUAAUUCGGUUGGAUUCAUGUAUAAAAUGCAAUAUUAAAUCGAAAUCCAGUGUAUUCCUCUUCAACUCUUUUACUCAUUCGUGUAAAAUUUUUUUUCAUUUAAUAAUUCUUAUCUAGUAUAGAUAUGAAAUAAAGCAUUAGUUAGUUAGUUAGUUUAAGCUGGGUGUUUAUAGCCCCUACUUCGUGGACUGCAUGCCGCAGUUUUACCCGCAGGGUGGCAGAGCGUACCCACAGCAAGCCCGGGCCGAAACCCCCGGGUUUUCGGUAGAGGUGAGGUCAAGGGACAGAUCACUAUCUUAGCUGACCGCCUCCAUUUCCAACUCGUUGUGUCUCCCAGUUGACGCCAAAACUGCCCUUUCCAUUCACCAGAUCGCCACUUUUGAUCGGGACCCCUUUUAACUGGAGAGACUUGUGCCCUUGAGAUUCUAAGUCGAGCUUCGCCUUCCCUUUUCCCUUUUCCCCGGAUCAUCUCCAAGAAUAAACUCAACCCCUUACGGGAUUCGGGGCGAAGCCACCAAGUAGCUUAGGCAUGUAAUCCCCUGCUUCUUUCGGACACCGAGUCUGAGCCUCGGCGCUACUGGUAAAAAAAAUACGAAAAACUGCUGCCCGGUCAGGCACAAAAUCAGCGGAAAUUGUGAUGGGCCUCUCGCCUCGAGGCUAGCCCUUCCCUUGAGUAGCUCUCCGCACCCAAAAACCACGUCCGGUAUACAUAAGAAGGUCACCCGCCACGGGAGGACAGGUCGCUCGUCUCCGGCCAUUUUAUGUAUAUGAAAUAAAGUAUUAAAUAUAUGUGUAAGCAUGCUAUAAAUCGCAUUUUAAAUAGAUAAGAUGCAAAAGUACUGCAAUAUCCCUUAUAUUUCUUAUUAUUAAAACUAGGCAGCUUGGCAUUGAAGAUGAGGGUGGGUUUCAUGCUUGAUCAAUAGGCUACUUCAUGCAGAUUGACAAUCAAAUAAAAGAGUUCAAUCAUUUAAUUUCCCCGGCUUCAGAAAAUCCAGUUGUGGUCACAAAAUUCAUAUGUUGGCUGUAUUCUAUGGUGGCUUUCCACAAUAAAUGGGAAAAUGAAAAAAUGAUUGACUUGUUCAUUCUCCAUACCAUUUUUUACCCGCUUACUACAGCUCAAAGAAGGAUUGAGUCUCAAUUUGCAAAUCCAGCAUUACAGCCUUUUCGGUACAAAAACAUUUUGCAUGCUCUGGAGAAGAUUUAUUAUCAAGAAGGCAUUUUGGAUGGGCUUUAUAGAGGAUUUAUGCUGAACACAAUCUAUAUGAUCCCCAGAUAUUAUAUUCUUCCACCUUUAGUCUAUCAUUUUUCUCUAAAAAAUCAGGAAAAAUUUAACGCAGAAAGAGCUCAAAUGUAG